UUAAGUUAUUAUUUAUAAAUCUUACAAAAAUUGAAUGCAAAUAUUUGAUAAAAAAAAUUAUAUAGUUUCUCCACAAUCCAUUCUCUGCAGUUUAAUUGCCUACUUGUAAUUAUUAGUAAGUAAAAGUCACCAAUUUAAUUUUAAUUUAUUCUGCUUGUUUUUGGGUUGACUCGGAACAACAUCACAAGGCAAGUCAGUCACCUUCUCCUGAAGAACCAAGAAGACACACGAGCUUUGUGACUCACAUAUCGGGCUUAUCAUCUUCUCCAACACUGCAUGGAACACUUGAGCUUGAGGACACAGAAACCUGAAAUGGACCCAACGGUCCUUAGCCACCUCCACUUUGUUUUCAUCCCUUUAAUGGCCCCAGGUCAUCUUCUCCCUAUGGUAGACAUGGCCAAAUUGUUGGCACGACACAAAGUGAAAGUGAGCAUAGUGACCACACCCCUCAAUUGCAUCCAAUUCCAAGCUAGCAUAGACAGAGAGAUUCAAUCUGGCUCACCCAUCCAAAUUCUACAUGUUCAAUUUCCUUGCGCGGAGGCUGGACUACCAGAGGGAUGUGAGAGCCUAGACACUCUGCCUUCAAUGGAUCUGCUAAACAACUUCAACAUGGCUUUAGACUUGUUGCAGCAGCCACUAGAAGAGCUACUUGAAAAGCAAAGACCCUACCCAAGUUGCAUAAUUGCCGACAAAUAUAUCAUGUGUGUGACUGAUGUUGCCAACAAGUUGAAUGUCCCGAGAAUAAUAUUCGACGGGACUAAUUGUUUCUUUCUACUAUGCAACCACAAUUUACAAAAGGAUAAGGUCUAUGAAGCUGUGUCUGGUGAAGAGAAAUUUCUUGUCCCCGGAAUGCCCCACAGAAUUGAAUUGCGAAGAUCUCAACUCCCCGGAUUAUUCAAUCCUGGCGCAGACCUCAAGCUGAAUGCUUACCGUGAGAAGGUAAUGGAAGCUGCAGAAAAAGCACAUGGGAUAGUUGUUAAUAGUUUUGAAGAGUUGGAAGCAGAAUAUGUUGAAGAGUGUCAAAGAUUUACGGACCAUAGGGUAUGGUGUGUUGGGCCUGUGUCGCUGUCAAAUAAGGAUGACAAGGACAAGGCUAUGAGAAGUAAGAGAAACUCAAGUGAUAUUGAGAGUGAGUAUGUGAAGUGGCUUGAUUCAUGGCCUCCGAGGUCAGUGAUUUAUGUUUGCCUUGGUAGCCUAAACCGUGCAACGCCAGAGCAGUUGAUAGAGCUCGGGUUAGGAUUGGAAGCGACAAAAAGGCCAUUCAUUUGGGUGCUUAGAGUUGCAUAUGGAAGAGAGGAGAUGGAGAAGUGGCUGUUGGAAGAUGGGUUUGAAGAGAGGGUGAAAGGGAGAGGGCUUUUGAUCAAGGGUUGGGUGCCACAAGUGUUGAUCUUAUCACAUAGAGCAAUAGGAGCGUUCAUGACACAUUGCGGAUGGAAUUCCACACUCGAAGGGAUUUGUGCUGGCGUGCCGUUGGUAACUUUUCCUCUGUUUGCUGAGCAGUUCAUCAAUGAGAAACUUGUACAAGUGGUGAAGAUUGGCGUGAGUGUGGGAGCUGAAUCUGUUGUUCACUUGGGUGAAGAAGAUAAGUCUCGGGUUCAGGUGACCAGAGAAAAUGUUCUGGAUUCUAUUGAGAAGGUAAUGGGAGAUGGCCAAGAAAAAGAAGAGAUAAGGGAAAGGGCUAGAAAGUAUGCGGACAUGGCAAGGAAAGCAAUAGAACAAGACAACGACAUGGUUAAAGGCAGAAACUCCCUGGGAGAAUCAAGCAUAUUAAGGGUAUGACAUGACACAUACAUCAAGAAAGCAGUAGUCACUCUAUGGAUGCACAUCGAUCUCCAUGUUAACUUUCCUAUUCAUAUCAUAACCAUAUUACAAUUUCCAUAAAGAAAGUAAGUUCAUCACGUGGAAGGAGCUAUUAGAGAAUUGCAUGGAUAGCUACUAUUUAGUUAAGGAGAAGCAUUCUUUGAAGAGGAAACAGAGGGUGUGCCAGGGCCGCUAGGUGGAGGGAAUAAUGGAGGGAAAGGAAAGGGAAGAGCUGGUGGUGGGGGAGUUAAACCUGGUACUGUUGGAAACGGAAACAGUGGUGGUGAUGUUCCUGUUGAGGGAGGCUGGAGUGGGUUAGGAACAAGUGAUGAUGGGCCUGAUGGUUCUAAUGGGUUAGGAAUUAGAGGAGGCUGCUGAAGAGGGUUGGGGACUGAGGGUGGUGGCUGAAAUGGGUUAGGAGGAAAUAUGAGGUUAUUAGGGUCAAGUAGUUUCUGAUCUGAAGGCUGAACAUUUGGGGACUCAUUAGGGAUUCCUGCAGGGACUAGUGGUGACAAUAUUCCUGAAAGGGGUGGCAACAAUGGUGGGAGGUCGGGUAAUCCAGGAAUGGGAGGAAGAAGACCACCAGGUGUUUUUGGAUUUUGAAGUGGAGGAGGAAAUGAUGGAUCUAUUUUUGGAGGAAAUAUGUGUUUCACAUAAUCAGGGCCCUUGAUGUUUUGAAUGCUUGGUUUUUGGUUGCAAAGAACUGGCUGUCUAAGAGGCUUGAAUGAGAAAAAGCCGGCUGAGAAUAUGUGUAGUCCUUCCUUUCUGGACUUGAGGCACAGUGAUGAAGAAGUUGCUGCUGAGGCAACAGCACAAUAAGGCUCACUGCUAUUUAUUAGUUUCACAGUGCAUCCUUUUAUUCUUUUCACAUGUUUGCUCACUGAGAAAGGCAACUGCACCUUGAACUCCCCAUGCUCAUCUGUCUUCACUUCUUUCCUAAACCUUGGCUUUGACCUCCCAUACCCAUCUUUGCAUUCUACAGCAACUGAUGCACCUGCCAUCAUGAAUAUAGAAAAACAUAAGACAACAUGACUUCAUAAUCAAAAUUUAGAGCAUGUGUGUAAGAGUUAAGAGAUAUGAAACUGAACCUUUUUAAGAAAAAUAAGUCAAGCAGUGGAAAUGCACCUGAAAUGAAGUGGUUGCCCGUGGAGAAACCCUGUUGGAAGCAUGUGUCACAGUAAACAGUGCCAACUACAACAGCAGAGGGAAGCUUCUUGUCAUGGCUAGCCUCAGAAUGAGUUAUACCAAAUGUGAGACUGAGAAAUAGAAUUACAAGGAACCAAGACAUUCUCAGGGAGUAAAGGACUAAAGGCUAUAGUGCUUGAUUCUGCUAUAUAUCUUGUACACUAUUGAAGUAUGUUUAUACCUCUUUCUUUUACUUAUAUUUUCUUUGUUCCCUCUUGUUGUCUUUGUUAAAGAGAAUCAAAACAACAAAUUUUUAUAGCCCGACAAAUAACAAGGCUAUUUAUGUC